AUGGAGCUGUUUCAAGCCAAAGACCAUUACAUUCUCCAGAGUGGCGAUCAUGCUCUUUGGUGUAGCCGAAUAGAUGGGACCAUGAAUGUCAGACCUGCAACAGACCUGCUGUUAGCUUGGAACCCAACGUGUUUAGGCCUGGUUGAGGGUCUCGUCGGGAAAAUACAACUUCAUACAGAUCUUCCUCUGGGUCUCAUACUGAUCCGGCAGAAAGUGCUGGUUGGCCAGAUGCCAGGUGACCACAAAGUCUACAAGAUCACCAAGAUAGCUGUCAUUCCUCUGUCUGAGGAAGAGCCUCUGGAUCUGGAGCUGGAGCUUUGUAAGAAGCAUCACUUUGGGAUCGACAAACCAGAGAAGCUUGCACAGUCUCCAGAUGAGUCGAAGUUCCUGAUGAAAACUCUGAGUCAGAUCAAGUCCAAUGUUGGGGCUCCCACGAAGAAAAAGGUCAAGGAAAACAAAGAAAAGGAGCGUCUCGAGAGGCGGCUGCUCGAUGAGCUGUACAAGAUAUUCAUGGACUCAGAUUCCUUCUACUACAGCAUGACCUAUGACCUCACCAACACUGUGCAGCGGCAGGGAGACACAGAAAAGUCAAACUUGCCCCUAUGGAACCAGGUGGAUGACAGAUUCUUCUGGAACAAACACAUGGUCCAGGAGCUCAUUGAUCUGCAGGUUCCAGAGGUAGACUUCUGGGUGACACCCAUCAUCCAGGGCUUUGUGCAGGUGGAGGAGCUGGUGGUGAACUACAACGAGAGCCCAGAUGAGGAGAAGAACAGCCCCGACACGCCGCUCCAGGAGCUCACCUGCGUGGACGACAUCCACCCGCGCUUCACCGUGGCCCUCAUCUCCCGCCGCAGUCGCCACCGUGCAGGGAUGCGGUACAAACGCAGAGGGGUGGACACAGACGGCCACGUUGCUAACUUUGUGGAGACCGAGCAGCUGAUCCACGUGCACAACCACUCGCUGUCCUUUGUGCAGAGCCGCGGCUCGGUGCCUGUCUUCUGGAGCCAAGCAGGCUACCGCUACAACCCCAGGCCCCGGCUGGAGAAAGGAGAGAAGGAGACUAUUCCUUACUUUGCUGCGCACUUUGACGAACAGCUCAACCUUUACAAGAAGCAGGUCAUCAUUAACUUAGUGGAUCAAAGUGGGCGGGAGAAGAUUAUUGGCGACGCAUAUCUCAAACAAGUCCUUCUAUACAACAAUCCUAACCUGACAUAUGUCUCUUUUGACUUCCAUGAGCACUGUCGAGGUAUGAAGUUUGAAAACGUGCAAACGCUGACAGAUGCCAUCUCCGACAUUAUUGCAGACAUGAGAUGGGGGUGGGUCGACCAGGCAGGAGUCAUCUGCCACCAGGAGGGCAUUUUCCGGGUGAACUGCAUGGACUGUCUGGACAGGACCAAUGUAGUCCAGGCUUCCAUCGCUCGUGCUGUAAUGGAGGCACAGCUGAAGAAACUGGGUGUGAUGCCCCCUGAGCAGCCUCUGCCCCUCAAGUGCUAUAGGAUCUACCAGGUCAUGUGGGCCAACAACGGCGACACCAUAAGUAGACAGUACGCCGGCACGGCCGCCCUCAAGGGAGACUUCACCAGAACGGGGGAGAGAAAACUGGCUGGGGUGAUGAAAGAUGGCGUGAACUCAGCCAACCGUUACUAUCUGAACCGCUUCAGGGACGCAUACAGACAAGCAGUCAUUGAUCUGAUGAUGGGGCAUCCUGUGACGGAGGACCUAUACUCCAUCUUCAGUAAGGAGAAGGAGCAUGAGGAGAAGGAGCAGGAGAGCCAGAGAGUAACCCAGGAGCAGGUCAGCCUCCUGCUGCAGACCUACAUGCAGCUGCUGCUGCCCGACGAUGAGAAGUUCCAUGGGGGCUGGGCCCUUAUCGACUGUGACAUGAGCCUUAUAGAUGCAACCAGCAAGGAUGUGGAUGUUCUCCUGCUGCUAUCCAACAGUGCAUAUUACGUUGCCUAUUAUGAUGAGGAAGCUGACAAAGUCAAUCAGUACCAACGCCUCAACUUAGAGGGUUUGGAAAAGAUUGAAAUAGGCCCAGAACCCACUCUGUUCGGGAAGCCCAAAUUCUGCUGUAUGCGUCUACACUAUAAUAAUGGGGAGACAAGUGGUUAUUUUCACACACUAAGGGCCCUCACAAGGAAUCCUGAGGACGAUGGUAAAGACACGUUGCAGUGCAUAGCAGAGAUGCUUCGCCUAACUAAGCAAGCCAUGGGACUUGACCUGCAGGUGGUUGAAAAGAAACUGGAGAGGAGGCACAGUAAACCUCACGAGGACAUCAUGGGCAUCCAGGGCAGACACCCAGACCAGGUCCUGGGCAGCUCUGGUCUGGCUCAGGGUAAGAGCUUCCUCCUCAACAAGUUCUCCUCCCUCAACCAGAGGGUGAAGAAGUCCAACGUCAACAUGGGCUCCUUCAAGGGGAGGCUGGGCAACACCUUCUCCACCAAGCCGGACGUGAAGGUGAACUUUCUGAAACCCACCAUGGGGGUCACCCUCUGGAAGUCUGAUAGCAGCUUGGAGAAAUCAGACUCGGCCAACAUCGGCCCGGCUCGGAAGGACCUCUGUGACAACCACUCGGAGAUGUCAUCAGACUCGGACUCCUACAACUCGGACGAACAACUGCGCUCCAGCUCCUUGGAGAAUGUGGACUACGUGCUGCCCAGCUGCGGCAUCGUGGCGUCGGCUCCACGACUAGGCAGUCGAGGCAGCGUGGAGCUCAACAUCCGGGUCACUGGCUGCGACAGUAACAGUAAGCAGGAGGCUCCGGCUCUAGCCAGUCCUGAAGACCAGUCCCCCGGGGUUACCUCGGAGGCUGAGGAGGCCAUCCUGAUAGACUUUGGAACUCCCAUUGACGCCUAUUGCCACCAAUUCAUCCAAGACGCGCAGACCAAACCUGUGGAGGUGUUUGGGGAGCAGGUGGUUUGUAGCCUCCCCACACAGAACCCAGAAGUCCCUCCACAUGCUAAAGGGCCCCUGGCCCCAGACAAACACCCAGGUUCAGAUCAGCAGGAGGAGGAGCUGCAGCUCCCUCCCAGACCGUCCCAGCUAGAUGUUGCUUCCGGCCCCAAUCUCCUGACCGUCCAGAAGCCCAUCUCUGCAGCUUCCGGCAGCUCCCAGAGGAGCCUGGGCUCUCACAUGGAGGGCAGCCUGGGCCCCUCACCCGCCGACAGCAACGGCAGUCGCGUGGUCUCCCCCUUUGCCAAGAUCAAGAGCUCCAUGGUGCAGGUGGCCAGCCUGACCCAAGCUGGACUCACCCAAGGCAUCAACUUUGCUGUGGCAAAGGUGCAGAAGAGCCCAGAGCCAGAAAUGGCCACUCUCAACGAGACCCAAGAGAACGAGCUGAAGGCAAUGUUUACACAGUGCCAGACCAGGAUCAUACAGAUCUAGCACUUCCCCAAGUUGUAGCCUCUAAGCAGGUUUUUGUACAGUUUCUAUGUGACUUCCAGUACAGUAGCAUAAGCUGACUCAGCUAAGAACCCCACUCUUCAAUUUCCUCUCUAGUUGACAUGACCAUGUUUACAGCCAGUGUUGUGUAGUGUGUGUAUAUAAUACUCCAGCUCUAUAUGACAGCGUCCUUAAUCCCGUUGCAUUUCCUUUCAAUAGAUUUUCCAUAUAUUUGCAUGUCGGGCUAUUGGUAAUAACUAAGGCAGGUAAUAUCCAGUGCAUGUCGAGAGACGAGCUCUGAAUUUAUCACGUUGGUGAUCCCAUAUGUGCAGUGCACCAAUUGGCAUUUGUGAUAUAGGCCUAGUUUAUAGCUCUGUUACCAAAAGAAGUACAAGGUUUUGACCAAAUUUCCCAAAUUUCAAAGGUCAGCUCAAUGUUAGAUAGUCCCCUAAUAAGAAAACAAACUCCUAGUAGAAUCAGUGUUGCCGGGUUUUUCCCUACCUAUAUUGGAAAUGUACCAAGGUAGGACUUAAUCAAGGUACAAGAGCUCCGGUAAGAGUAUACUGUUUUGAUAUGUAAAUAUUGUACUGUAUGUACAGUGCCUAUCAUACAUAUUUAUCCCUCUUGGAUUUCUUCACAUUUUGUUACACAAGUGGGAUUAAAAUGGAUUUAAUUGUAAUUUUUUUUGUCAACGAUCUACACAAAAUACUUUGUCAAAAGAUUUUCAUUGAGAUUAAUGUAAAAUAUAACACUAAUAUAUCUUGAUUCGAUAAGUACUCACCCUACAGCUGUGUCUUGGUUAAGUCUCUAAGAGCUUUUCACACCUGGAUUGUGCAAUAUUUGUCCAUUUUUUUUAAAUUAUUAUUUUCAAAAAUCUUCAAAUUUCGCUAUAGUUUUUCAAGCAGAUUGAAAUCAAACUGUAACUUGGCCACUCAGGAACAUUCAUUGUCUUCUUGGUAAGCAACUCGUGUAGAUUUGGUGUUGUGAUUGUUCUGCUGAAAGGUGAAUUCCUCUCCCAGUGUCUGGUGUAAAGCAGACUGAACCAGGUUUUCCUCUAGGAUUUCGCAUGUGCUGAGCUCUAUCCCGUUUAUUUUUAUCCUGAAAAACUCCGUCUUUGCCGAUAUCAAGCAUACCCAUACCAUGAUGCAGCCACCACC